AUGUUACCAGCAGAAAGAACGGAUCGUUUCAAUAAGAAGGAGGCUCAAAAGAAAAAUGGAAAUUUCUUGCAAAUUCAAAGGAAUGAAUUACGUAUGGAAGAGUUAAGAAAACAAAUUGAGGAGCUAAAGAUCGAAAAUUCAUUACUAUAUGAACAAAGUAUUGAAUUGGCCAACACUCAAGAAACAUUAAAGAAUACUAAUGAUGAGUACAAACGUGAAAAUUCAAAAUUAGAACAAGAAAACAUUGAACAAAAGAGUGAUUUGGCCAAAAUUAAAGGACUAACUAAAUUCUUACCUCCUGAAUUUACUGCAACUGAUGGUUUUGAAGUUAGUCAACAAGUAACCACUACAAAUGUUAAGAAUGAGAAUAGAUCAAGAUUGUGGUGUUUUUCACUUUUACAAUUUAUUACUUUAAUGAUUUGUGCAGCAACUUUGACACUUUAUUGGAUUAACGCUUCAAGAUUAUAUACAGAACCUAACAUUAUUAAGAUGGUAACUGCUGAAUUUGAGUGUCCCGCCAAUAAUUCUACUGUUAAUUCAACAACAACUGAUAUUAUUAGUUUCUAUUCUACUACUAAUUCAACUAGUAAUGAUAGCACUACUGAACCAAUUACAAAAAGAACAGAGGUUGCAACUAUUGAAAGCGUUACAGGUUGGAUCAUGGUCUUGGAUUUUUUUAGAACUUACUUGAUGAUUUUGAUUAUUCCUUCUUCAAUUAUUUGGUACACUUACUAUACAGAAGAUUAUGAAACCAAAGAAUUGAAACACAAAUCAAACAAGUGUAAUUUUACUUGUCAAGCCUUUAUAUGUUCACUUGCAUUUGUAUUAUUGUUAGGAUGUUUAAUUUUCUUUGGUUAUGCUGAGAAUACUCUUUCAUGGCAAUGUCCAACAGUAUCAAAUCCAUUGGUUAUUUAUCUUUCUAUGGGAAUGUUUUUAUGCUCUCUUUUAUCUAUUAUUUUGUACUUUAUACAAACUUGUUGUCACUCUAGACUAUUUAAAGAAAAACCAAUCAGAGAUGGAACUUUUAAAACAGGAUUAUUGGUCAUAAGAAAUAUUAACAAGUUGCAUGGCAUUACAAAAAAAAAAUAA